UUGCCAUAAGACUAUACAUUUUUGAAGUCGUCUGCUUGUACUCCCAUAGGUUCUGUAAAAAUUUAUUGGAAUUUAUUAAAUUUUAUAUACAAACAGUUAUGGCUUCUAGUCGUCUAGAAAGAAUAGGAAAUAUAUAUACAAGAGUGAGGGGACUUCUUCGUUCAGGUGCCAUGAAACCAGAGGACAAACCUAUAUGGUACGACGUUUACGAAGCAUUUCCACCUAAAAUAGAACCUCAGUAUGGUAGAACAGCUUCAGAGAUAACCAUACGCCCAAUAUUUUACCCGGAAGAUGUCAUAAGAGCGAAAUUCUAUGAAAGAUUUGGUUCACCUGGACUAAUUUCACUAGCAAACAAUGAAUAUCCAACUCCUUGCCAAAAGUUCUUAGACAGAUAUAAGGAAAUGGAAAAAGAUUUUUCAGAUGAAAGUGAAUUGUUUGAAGCUGUGGUAAAGGUUAUGGAAGACGAGAAAUCAGUGGCAGAGUCUUCAUCUAGUAACCAACCUGACAGGGGAACAAGUAUGGCUUCUAUGUUCAGUGCAGCUGUUAACAAAAGUCAGCCCCAACCCAAAAUCAAUUUUGGUGAUUUACUAACUGAAAAGUAGAGUGCUUAAGUUCUAAUAAUAGUAUGUUUCGUAAGGAAAAAAGGAAAAUAUACUUGUUUCUACAUUUGA